UUGUGAUUUCCCCGUGUAACCAUGGCUUCGCCACAGGAACAGAGUCUGCUGUCAGAUCUUGUACGUUUUCAGGCUCAGCAAAUGACACAGCUGCUUCCUACCAUAAAUGGACUGGUCACACUACAAACUGCAGCUACUUCGGUGCCUCCGACGCCACUGCCUGUACCGACGCCAUCGCCGCCAUUUCGUGCCUUCAAUCCUGAUGUUGAACACUGGCCGGAAUACAUCGCCCAGCUCGAGGCACACUUCACAGCUUACAACGUACCAGAAUUGGAGGCUUCGCGGCUUCCGCCGCCACAGCCCAUGAUGUCACCGACGGCGCCUCCGCAGUGGGCACGCCUCCGGUCGUCGCCGCUGUCGGUCCGGUCACCUGCUCCGGAUGGAUGCCUCCCACCGCCGCCGCCCAUGGGUCAUUGCUCCACCUCCUCCUCCGAACAUACCCAGUAGCGGUGCGUGGCCUGGGCAGGUUUUCCAUGGGGCGUUUUCCUCACCCCCUCGCGAGUAAUUCGAGGUCGCAGGUGGACAGCGCCCCGGCAGU